GCGGGGCUCGGAUUGUUGUGGCCGGGGCCGCCCGUGACACGUGGUGCCGCAGCCGCUGCUGCCGCCGGGGAAGCCCCGCUCGCUGGAGUGCGGGCAGCAGCAUGGCCGCUCUGGCCGAGGCGGUGAGCAGCAGCAGCGCGGGUUGCCCGGCGGCAGGCGGCGGCAGCAGCAGCCGGCACGAGAAGAGCCUGGGGCUCCUCACCACCAAGUUCGUGUCGCUGCUGCAGGAGGCCAAGGACGGCGUGCUGGACCUGAAAGCGGCUGCUGAUACUCUUGCUGUGAGACAAAAAAGAAGAAUCUAUGAUAUCACCAAUGUUUUGGAAGGCAUAGAUUUAAUUGAGAAAAAGUCAAAAAACAGCAUCCAAUGGAAAGGUGUAGGUGCUGGCUGCAAUACAAAAGAAGUCAUAGACAGACUGAGGUAUCUUGAAGCAGAAAUUGAAGAUUUGGAACUAAAAGAAAAAGAGCUGGAUCAGCAAAAAUUGUGGCUGCAGCAAAGCAUCAAAAAUGUUAUGGAUGAUUCCACAAACAACCAAUUUUCAUAUGUCACUCAUGAAGACAUCUGUAAUUGCUUCAAUGGAGACACACUUCUAGCAAUUCAAGCACCUUGUGGUACACAAUUAGAAGUACCUAUACCUGAAAUGGGACAAAAUGGACAAAAGAAAUACCAGAUCAGUCUAAAGAGUAGUUCAGGACCUAUCCACGUGCUGCUUAUUAAUAAAGACUCAAGUUCCCCCACGCCUGUGGUGUUCCCAGUUCCUCCUCCUGAUGACCUUGCACAGCCCCCAUCUCAGCCUGCAAUUCCAGUGACUCCCCCAAAACCUACUGCAUCUACUGAGAAUCCAUCAGAGCAGCAUGACAUUAACCAGGAGCAGCAUUUACCACAUACCCCAGUUACAGAUACACCAUCAGACAACAGUGUGCAAGAGAACAGUACAACUCCAGCAACUCCUUACUCUAGCCUUCCGGACUCCUUGCUGUAUACGAGCCUUGCAACAGAUGCAACACAAACUACUGCUAGCUCAAAUGACUAUCAGGCCUUGCUUCCCUUGGAUGUUAAUUGUAUUCUCAAGCCAAACUCAUUUGAUAUAGCAAAGAUGGAUGAGCCCACAGGAACUAUUAGUAGUGAUAUCAUUGACGAAUUGAUGUCUUCAGAUGUUUUUCCUCUCUUACGACUCUCUCCUACUCCCGGAGAUGACUACAACUUUAACCUGGAUGAUAAUGAAGGAGUCUGUGAUCUUUUUGAUGUGCAGAUACUAAAUUAUUAGAUUCGGUGGGAACCAGACUGUCAUAUCUACCUCUAACUUUAUAACAUUCUAGACUUCUUCAUAACCUAAGUAUUUUAAAUAAUGAAUGUAUAACCUCUUAGUUCACUGACUCUGGGAGUGCAUUUCCUUUUGCUUCCUUACCUACUUCACAAAACACCUUAAAUUCAAAACCAGAAGAAAGGGCUUUUAUCAAAAUGUUCUCUGGUAUUUUUUCACAAGUUACAUUAAUGUAACUCAGCUUUGAAAUCCCAAGUUCUCCCCACCCCCCCUCCUUUUUCUUGCAGCCUUCUGGUUACUUAAAAAAAACCCCAAGGCUUGUCACUUAGCAGAAUUUUCUUUCUGCAGCUUUACUGCCAAGAAGCUUUCUGUAUGUUUUUAACCUUUCACUACAAUUUUUAAAAAGCGUUCACUGCCAAAUUUUGAAGUGAAGGACAUUAAAUGGGUUAUGUUAAAUUGUUUCAGUGAACCAAUUUUGUGAAGUGCCUUCUGUUUUAGCACUUUAAGUUUCUCA